CGCCUCUCUUUUGUCCUAACUCACUACAUCACAGAUACAUACUCAAACUUGAACAAAUCCUUGACACAAUGUUCGGCGGCAGUCUCUUCAGCUGGUUCAGCUCCUCCAAGAAGGAGGCGGCGCCCCAGACUACUUGGGAUCCGAACACAUUGACCAUGGUCCAACCUCAGAGCCCCGAGUCUCCUUCCACCAACGCUGUUGUUGCUGAGCAGCCCACGCCCGAUAAUCAGAUGAACAUGCAGUUGCGUGGUGGCGGUCCCCCCCCUGGGCCUGGCGACGAUUGUUGCUGCUGCCUUGACUGCUUCUGCUGCUGUGGUGACUGCUGCGGUCCUGAUGGGCCUCCUGGAGGCUUUGGUGGCCCUGGUGGCCCUGGUGGCCCUGGAGGCUUUGGCGGCCCCGGCGGCCCCGGCGGUGGUCCUGGAGGCCCUGGAGGCCCUGGAGGUCCCGGUGGCCCCGGCGGCCCUGGGGGGUGGUAAGAAGGGCUUCGACCCGACAGCUAUAUUGCGCAACCCUACGUCGGUAUGAAACCGAUUCACCCGAUCUGUGAUACCAUAUUGAUUGUUGGUUCUGUGGCAUGGAGGGGG